GCCAUGUUGGGAGCAGCAGGUCCGGCGGCGGCUGCCUGUGUGCCGGGCGCGGAGCAGUGCGGCUGAGGGCAGGGGAGGAGCGAGGCAGGCGGCCGGCUGCGGUGGCAGAGAGUAGGCGGAGCGGCGCGGCCGGGCCGAAAGGCGGCACAGCCCAGCCGGGGGUCGGGGGGGUGCGGUCCGGAGCCGCUCGGAGCCGGCGAGGCCUAGCCCGAGCGGCGCAUCCCCGGGCUGGCGUAAGCGAUCGCCUGGCCUCCCCGCACCCCCGGCCGGGGCCCAUGCAGCGGGUGCGCCUGCUGUGAGAAGCCCCGCCCGGUCGGGCUCCAAGCCUUCCCUUUCCUCCCUUCCUCCAAGCUUCUCGAUUCCCUCCCCUGAGAUACCGGCGCCAUGUCCAGCGCUCGGACCCCCCUACCCACGCUGAACGAAAGGGACACGGAGCAGUCUAGGUUCCCAGGCAGGAACCGCUCGGCCUGGCUGCUUCGCUUUUCACUGAGGAGGUGGUGGAAGGUGUCGUCUGGCUUGUGCCGGCUGAGUAAGGGUGGCUGGCUGAGCCGGCAGCCCCCGCCCUGGGCCUGGCUCUUCCCGGCCUCUGUACUUUGCCCUCGCUGCCUGACAGGUUCUGCUGAAUGGAAGUUGCUGGUAUCCCUUGUCCCUUUCUCCGGCUGGCCCACCUUGGGACACCUUGAUUCCAAGCCCAGCAGUAAGUCCAACAUGCUGCGGGGCCGCAACUCAGCCACCUCUGCUGAUGAGCAGCCCCAUAUUGGCAACUACCGGCUCCUUAAGACCAUUGGCAAGGGUAACUUUGCCAAGGUGAAGUUGGCCCGGCACAUCCUGACGGGGAAAGAGGUAGCUGUGAAGAUCAUUGACAAGACUCAGCUGAACUCCUCCAGCCUUCAGAAACUAUUCCGAGAAGUAAGAAUAAUGAAGGUUUUGAAUCAUCCUAACAUAGUUAAGUUAUUUGAAGUGAUCGAGACUGAGAAGACCCUCUACCUUGUCAUGGAGUAUGCCAGUGGUGGAGAGGUAUUUGAUUAUCUGGUGGCCCACGGCAGGAUGAAAGAAAAAGAAGCUCGAGCGAAAUUCCGCCAGAUAGUGUCUGCUGUGCAAUACUGUCACCAGAAGUUUAUUGUUCACAGAGAUCUAAAGGCAGAAAACCUACUCUUGGAUGCUGAUAUGAACAUCAAGAUUGCAGACUUUGGCUUUAGCAACGAAUUCACCUUUGGGAACAAGCUGGAUACUUUCUGUGGCAGUCCUCCUUAUGCUGCCCCAGAACUCUUUCAGGGCAAAAAAUACGAUGGUCCUGAGGUGGAUGUGUGGAGCCUGGGAGUCAUCCUCUAUACACUGGUCAGCGGGUCCCUGCCUUUCGAUGGACAGAACCUCAAGGAGCUACGAGAGCGGGUACUGAGGGGAAAAUACCGUAUUCCAUUCUACAUGUCCACGGACUGUGAAAACCUGCUUAAGAAAUUUCUCAUACUUAAUCCUAGUAAGAGAGGCACUUUAGAGCAAAUUAUGAAAGACCGGUGGAUGAACGUGGGGCACGAGGACGAUGAACUGAAGCCUUAUGUGGAGCCACUCCCUGACUACAAGGACCCCCGACGGACAGAGUUGAUGGUGUCCAUGGGUUACACACGGGAAGAGAUCCAGGACUCACUGGUGGGCCAGAGGUACAAUGAAGUGAUGGCCACCUAUCUGCUUCUGGGCUACAAGAGCUCUGAGCUGGAAGGUGACACCAUCACUUUGAAGCCCCGGCCUUCAGCUGAUUUGAGCAACAGUAGUGCCCCAUCUCCAUCCCACAAGGUUCAGCGCAGUGUCUCUGCCAACCCAAAGCAGCGACGCUCCAGUGACCAGGCCGUCCCUGCCAUUCCCACUUCGAAUUCCUAUUCUAAGAAGACUCAGAGUAACAAUGCAGAAAAUAAGCGGCCUGAGGAAGAGACAGGGCGGAAAGCCAGCAGCACCGCCAAAGUGCCUGCCAGCCCUCUGCCUGGCCUGGAGAGGAAGAAAACCACUCCUACCCCCUCCACAAACAGCGUCCUCUCCACCAGCACAAACCGAAGCAGGAACUCCCCACUUUUGGACAGGGCCAGCCUUGGCCAGUCCUCUAUCCAGAAUGGUAAAGACAGCCUAACCAUGCCAGGGUCCCGGGCCUCCACGGCUUCUGCUUCUGCCGCAGUCUCUGCGGCCCGGCCCCGCCAGCACCAGAAAUCCAUGUCUGCCUCCGUACACCCCAACAAGGCCUCUGGGUUGCCCCCCACGGAGAGUAACUGUGAGGUGCCUCGGCCCAGCACAGCCCCCCAGCGUGUCCCUGUCGCCUCCCCCUCCGCCCACAACAUCAGCAGCAGUGGUGGAGCCCCAGACCGAACUAAUUUCCCCCGGGGUGUGUCCAGUCGAAGCACCUUCCAUGCUGGGCAGCUCCGACAGGUGCGGGACCAGCAGAAUCUGCCCUACGGUGUGACCCCAGCCUCUCCCUCUGGCCAUAGCCAGGGCCGGCGGGGGGCCUCUGGCAGCAUCUUCAGCAAGUUCACCUCCAAGUUUGUCCGCAGAAAUCUGUCUUUCAGGUUUGCCAGAAGGAACCUGAAUGAACCUGAAAGCAAAGACCGAGUGGAGCCGCUCAGACCUCACGUGGUAGGCGGUGGAGGCAAUGACAAGGAAAAGGAAGAAUUUCGGGAGGCCAAGCCUCGUUCCCUGCGCUUCACCUGGAGCAUGAAGACCACGAGCUCUAUGGAGCCCAAUGAGAUGAUGCGGGAAAUCCGCAAGGUGCUGGACGCCAACAGCUGCCAAAGCGAGCUGCACGAGCGAUACAUGCUGCUGUGCAUGCAUGGCACACCAGGCCACGAGAACUUUGUACAGUGGGAGAUGGAGGUGUGCAAACUGCCCCGGCUAUCUCUCAACGGUGUUCGGUUUAAGCGGAUAUCGGGCACCUCCAUGGCCUUCAAAAACAUUGCCUCCAAAAUAGCCAAUGAGCUGAAGCUUUAACAGGCUGUCAGGAGGGGGGCAGCAGAGACCCACCAGUGGACUUGGCUGCUUGGCCAACCCUGCAAUCCCCAGGGAGAAACUGCAGGAUGAGUUGGUGUGUCUCCCCUGCUGGCACUUGUCCCCUUCCAGGCUCUUCUCAGUUUUUUCUUCCAUGUUUGUGGGGGAUGGGAAAUGGUUCUUUCCUCCCUCACAUUCACCCCUGCCCAGAAGUCCCUCCUUCCCCUCUUCCCCUACAGGAGGCAAAGGAAGGGGAAGGUGUGGGGGGGGCAGGGCUCCCCCUCGGUACUGCGGUUGCACAGAGUAUUUCGCCUAAACCAAGAAAAUUUUUAUUACCAAAAAGAAAAAAGAAAAAAAAAACUCCCAGCGGCCACCUUUCCUCCCUGCCCCAUUGGGACAGUCAAGACUGGAUCUGUGGGGUUCCUGGGAGGGUGGCUCAGGGCUGGAACACUCUCAGGCAAGAGUGGUGGAGUUCCCUGGCAGGCCCUCCGCCAGGCCCACUUUGGGCUUCUCCCCUCUCCCCACUUCUUUCCCCUCCAAGCGACCCACCAGAGGUGGCCUUCCCCGCCCCCGGGCCCUUGGGCUACAGGCCUUUACACUGGGGCCGGGUGGGGGUACUGCACAGCCUUGGCGAGGGCGGGCGGUGGGACCCUGGUCCCCUCCAUACCAUGUCCUCUGCUCACCUUCCCCAGAGCUGGGCAUUUCCUUCCAUGAGCUGCUGUGGGGAUAUCUGUCCCCUCCUCAGAAGUCUGUGCCAUCUUCUCCCACCUUUCCGGCGGAAGGCGGGGCUGACCCCAGUACUGGGGGAGAGGUGGGGGUUGGGUCGUGGGCUCUCAGCCCCCAGGGGGCUGCUUGGGAGCGGGGACACAGCCUUCUCCGUUCCGGGCGUGUUUGAAAGCACAGCCCCUCACCACCACCCCACUGCUUCCCCUUCCUUGGCAUUAAUCUGGGCACCGUUCUCUUCCUUCAGCCUUGCCUUUUCUUCCUGGCGCUGCCGCCCCUCCUCUCAGGAGACUGCCCAGGGCCUCCAUGGCUGCCUGGCGGAAGGCUGGAUUGGGCGGCAGGUCCAGGAGCCUCUGUCCUUCAUAGGGUGGGGCGAAGUGACUGGCACUUGCUAACCUCCAAGGCCAGUGUGUGACUGGGUGGCUCUAGGCGCUUGGCUGGUGGUGGCCACUGCAUCCCUUAAUUUAUUUCUCUGCUGUUUCAGUUCUUGAGAAAUUGGGGGAGUCUUACAGAGGCUGCCUCUGCCCUCACCUGAGUUGUACAUUUUUUUUGUGAUGGGUUUUAUUUUUUAUUUUAUUUUUUUGAUUUACAAUGACUCCGCCCCUAGCCUGUGUCGUGUCACCCCCACCCUCACCGGUUCAUCACCCUGGCUCCCAGACCAGGCCAGACUCAGCCACAUGUUGAGUCCUUGGGUUCCAGGAAGGGACCUUGCCAACCUCAACCCUCCAGCCCCGUGCUCCACUGGCUAUGGCUCAGACCAAGGGCUCCUCCUCCCCCCUCUUGCCCUAUGGAACAGCCCGGGUGCUCCAAGGGGGCCAGGAGGGCAUGGCUUGGCUCCCAGCGACUGGGGUGGGGGCCGGGGCACCCAGGCAAGGUGGCCCCUCCCUGCCUAGCCCCCUCUUCCCUUACCCUGCACUUAGUUUCUCCUCUGGAUCAAACACGUAAUAAAGAGAAUGUUUGGAAUCUGA